CGCAUAGCAACACAAAUAGAUCCCCAGGAGAGGGAGUGACUGAACGGUUGUGCGUGUUUUCUCCCAAUUUUCGCGGCGUUUAAGGGUCCAAAAUGAGUACAAAUGGAGACGAAGAGGAAACGGGGCCUUCCACGGACUCCGCAGAUCCCCAGGAGCGUGUUGAAGCGCGCCGGCUGCGGAUAGCGAGGAGAGUAGAGGCCCGGAAACGGCAGGAGAUGGGCGUGGACCCCGACGCCAAGAAGGACGUGAAGGAGGAGCUGAGUAAGAGCAGGAAGCAGAUCGAGGAGAGCAGGCAGCGACUCACCAAGCUCAAAACCGACGGCACCGAGCUGGUCACCAACGUCGAAGUCGCCGGGGACUCCCGCGAGUCUCAGCGAAGGUUGGAGGAGGAGGAGCUACGGAGGCAGCGGACCGAGAGGUUGGAAGCGGAGGCGAAGGCCAGCGCGGAGAAAUUCGAGGAUGUGACGAAGAAGUGGGACUCGGCGCGGCGCUACCAGAUCCCGCAGGACCUGCAUGAACUGUUGAUGCAGCAGCGCGCCGCCUGCGAUCAGAUGAUCGACGAGAAGAACAAGCUGGUGAACGACCUUCAGCAGGAGCUGAAGACGAAGGACGACCAGUACGUGAAGGACCUGAAGAAGCAGGCGGAAGACGUGGACCUCAUGAUCGAGAGAAUGGAGGAACAGAUCAAGAACUUAACCAAGUCUUACAGGGAGGAACUCACACAGAUUGACAAGGCAUUUGAAGCGGAGAGGGGAGAACUGCUUGAAGGGAACCGUAAGAAGUGGAACCAGACGAUGCAGACACGCACAGAGAAGGAGGUGGAGUAUCUCAAGCUGAGGGAGAAGAGAGUCGAGGAGUAUGAACAACAGCUCCAGCAUCUAAGGGUACAGGAUGCAGAGGAGUACAACAUGGUGAAGAUCAAGCUGGAGACAGAUGUACAGAUCCUGGAGCAGCAGCUGCAGCAGAUGCGCGCCACCUACCAGCUCAACCAGGAGAAACUCGAGUACAACUUCCAGGUUCUGAAGAAGCGUGAUGAAGAAAACACCAUCACCAAGUCUCAGCAGAAAAGGAAAAUCACACGCCUUCAAGAUGUCUUAAACAACCUGAAGGUCAAACUAGCCAAACAGGAGAAGCAGUACAAGGAGGAGAAUCAGGGCUUAACAGAUGACUACAAGCGCAUCACAGAGCAGUAUCAGGAACUGCAGAAGAAAUUCAAACACUUCCAGAGCACGGACUCACGCAAAUUCCGCGAGAUCUGGAUGAUGAACGAAGGAGAGGCUAAAGACCUGGUACACAGGGUUUUGGAGGCUGACCGCAUCAUUCAUGAGCAGCAGCUGGGUCUACCCUGGGACCAGCCAGACUUGUGGUUUAUGGAGAAUGAAGGCCCCAUCGUACCCAAGCAGAUGAAGGGAGCCAAACUGUCCGCCAUGGAGGUCGUGCAGAAGGUCAUUCUGGCAUCAGACAGGGAGCAGGCAGAGCCACAGGAGACGACCGUCCUGGCCAAACUCACCCCGGGAACCAUCAAACAGAUCCUCGAGCUGCUGUGUGAUGAGUCGGGUUUCUUGGUGGAGUCCAAACUCAACAAGCUGCUGGCGCCUCUGGAGAGGGACGAGCGAUCGCUCAUGAAACUAGACGCCAUCUUCGGAGCGCUGGCCAUCGAGACAGAAGACGAUGUACAUCUCCUGGCACAGUACUUUGUCAAACCCAAAGCAGUGGUCCAAGAUGCAGUGCCGGAGAGUGCUGGUGUGACCCCUGCCCCCACAGAACGUACGGACCAGCCCACUUCCGAGGCGGGGGAGGAAGGUGAGGAGGGGUCAUUUGUCGGCAGCGAGGAAGAAGAGCUGAAGUUUAUGAUGGAGGAGAAAGAAUCGGUGAAGACAACAAAAUCAGAGGCUCCAGAGUUGAUUCAUCCUAACGAUAUCUUCAAGGCACUGAGGACUUUUGUCAAUGAACAUAGACAACAGCAGAAAAAGGAGCGCCGUGCGAGCUCCAUGAAGUUUGUGCUGGGUGAGGAGCGCGAUGACAGCCAGGACGAGGGUUACUGGAAGGCCAUGGGGGGGAUUAUCCCUGAGAAGAAGGAACGCCUCUGGACGGCACUGCUACAAGGUUUUGACAAAUACAGUCGCACCCUGGACGAGCGAGCCAAACUGAUCACAGAAACAGAUGCGCUGAGACAACAGAACGCAGAGCUGAGGAUGCUGCUUCAUCAGUACGUCAACUCUAAAGUCAACGGAGAGCUGGAGAUCCCACCAACAAAGGUGUUGCAGCUGGAGUUCAGCGAGAACCAGCAACAAACAGCUUAGACCAAUAGUUUUAGGGGAAAGGAGUUUAAUUUACCUGUAGAUUAACGAGAUUCAAAUGCUACAGUCAAACGCACAUCAGUGAAUAUAAUGUUAUGCACACACAGUGUCACUUUUUUGCUAUGG